CCCGGGGAGAAGCUCGAGGUUCGUGUGUGUGCGGAAGCUUGAUCCUCGUGGGCCACCAUCCCGGAAGUGGGCUUAAAGGAAGAAAGUACUGUAUUGGGUGUUCUCGGGACUCAAGGUGCGGAUUUUUAGAACUUUGGGAGGUGUGUGUUGACCUGGAAGGAUUCAGAGGUUUUGGUCACCACACCUGAAGGCCCUUAGCUUCUCUGACGAGCCCGCUUGUGGCGCACACAUGGUUGCACCUUGAGGCUUCUUGUUAGAGUUCCUCUAUAAAAGCCAGUCUGCGUUGCUGUUCGGUGGCGACUGAGUUCGGAGAUGUGUUGAUGCUUCAGCCGCUCACCAUGGCCCUGCGGGCGGUGUGGCUCAUACGCCACGAGCCGGGAACUCCACUUUGUGGCUCCGUGAGAUUCUCCAGACGGUAUCCAACUGUUGAAAAGCGAGCUAAAAUCUUCAAUGGAGUGAGUUAUGUGCCUGUUCCUGAAGAUGGUCCUUUUCUUAAAGCACUACUCUUUGAACUUAGAUUAUUGGAUGAUGAUAAAGACUUCGUGGAAAGUCGUGACAGUUGUUCACACAUCAAUAAAACAUCCAUCUAUGGGCUUCCAAUAGGAGGCAAAGAACUCUGGCCAGUUGUUGCAUUUCUAAGGAAUGGCAUGAUAUAUGCGAGUGUUCCACUAGUUGAACAGACUCUGUCCCCUCAUCCACCACUAAUUAGCAUUAGUGGAAUUUCACAAGGCUUACAGCUCCUUUUCAGUAUACAGGAUUUUCUGUACUUAGGUCAAAAAACUGACAGUGAGCUAAAUACAAAAUUGAGCCAGUUGCCUGACUUGCUUCUACAGGCUUGUCCGUUUGGUACUUUACUGAAUGCCAACAUACAGAAUUUGCUAGAUAACAGUAACUUUGCUUCUGUGACUCAACCACAAAAACAGCCAGCCUGGAAAGCUGGGACAUACAAAGGAAAACCGCAAGUCUCCAUUUCUAUCACUGAAAAGGUAAAAUCCAUGCAGUAUGAUAAACAAGAUAUAGGAGAUACGUGGCAAGUUGUUGGAGCAGUCACUUGCAAGUGUGAUUUGGAAGGAAUCAUGCCAAAUGUUACCAUUAGCUUGAGUCUCCCCACCAAUGGAUCACCACUUCAAGAUAUUCUUGUUCAUCCUUGUGUGACUUCUCUUGAUUCUGCCAUUCUGACCUCGAGUAGCAUUGAUGCAAUGGAUGAUUCUGCAUUUAGUGGGCCUUACAAAUUUCCAUUUACUCCACCUUUAGAGUCAUUCAACUUAUGUUACUACACAUCCCAGGUCCCUGUCCCACCAAUUUUGGGUUUUUAUCAAAUGAAAGAAGAAGAAGUACAACUAAAAAUAGCAGUUAAUUUAAAACUUCAUGAAAGUGUAAAAAAUAAUUUUGAAUUCUGUGAAGCUCACAUACCUUUUUAUAAUAGAGGUCCAAUAACACAUUUGGAAUACAAAGUUAGUUUUGGCCAGCUUGAGGUCUUUCGAGAGAAAGGAUUAUUGGUCUGGAUUAUUGGCCAAAAGUUUCCAAAAUCAAUGGAAAUCAGUCUUUCUGGAACUGUAACUUUUGGAGCCAAGAGCCAUGACAAGCAGCCAUUUGACCAGAUUUGUAUUGGCGGCACAGCAUAUGUAAAGCUUCAUUUCAAGAUCUUAGAUUACACACUCACUGGGUGUUAUGCAGAUCAGCAUUCAGUUCAAGUUUUUGCAUCAGGAAAACCAAAAAUAAACACACAUCGGAAACUAAUUUCAUCUGAUUUUUACAUCUGGAAUUCUAAAGCCCCGGCUCCAGUAACAUAUGGAUCAUUAUUUUUGUAAUUUUCUUAUGUUUAAAUAGAAUUUAUUAGCCUGGGGUGAUGGUGAAUGCAUGUAAUCCCAGCACUGUGAGAGGCUGAGCCAGGAACAUUGCAAGUUCAAGCCCAUCCUGAGUAACUUAGUGACUCAGCAAGACCCAGUCUCCGACUGAAUAAAGGGCUGGAGAAGCCGCUCCAUGUGAAGGCCCUGGGUCCAAUUCCCAGUACCGUAAACAUACCUAAAUACAUAGAAUUUAUAUUAGGGUAGCAUAGCUUACAUGGAAUCACAAUCUUUUAUUUCUAAUUUCAUAUAACCUGUGAGUAAAAAGAAUGAGUGAUUUAAUUAUAAAAGUACUCAUUUACUGUUUUUAGUCUUGUAUACAGUAGUUUGAAAGAAUAUUUUAAAGGCUGAUGUCUCCGGUUUUUGUUAUUUUUGACUUUGUCAGUAUGAUUCAAACAUAGAAAAGUAAUGAUUCAUUCUCGCCUAUUUAGACUAGACCUUGGUCAGCAUGUCACAGUGUCCUUCCUGCGCCUGUGGCAGGCAUUGCUAAUCAUUCACAGCCCUCUUUCUACCCUGAGGCAUUCUGAGUAAGAACUCAGGCUUAUUUUCAGUGCUGAACUUCAGGCAGCCAGAUUGUAGCUGAUAUGCAAGGUAACUGCUCUUCCAAACGUGAGUACUAAAUGCCAGAACAGUGUGUUAUUACAGAAUACCAGAAACCAAGUAAGAAACGAUAAAAUUUCUUGAGAAACAAACAGCUAAUGGAGACAAAGGAAAAUUAAUAGUAACUUGUUCUUUAACAGUUCUAGCCUACUUACUAAGAAUGAAUCCGCAUAAUUCUAUUUAGGGUAGUAUGUAUGUUUGUUCUAGAUCCACUUGUUAAGAAAGCUUGUCAAUCUCCCAAAAUAACAUUUGGCUUGGGAUGUCCUCGGGCAUGUUGCAGUGGAUGGUAUACUUUCCGAAGGUUAGAUAGGGUUUUGUACUCUCAUUUCAUGUCUGAAGCCAAGUUUUUAAAGAUCCACUUAAGCAGAAUAUUGCCUUUUCCAUGCUUUACUACAUUAAACCCAUUAAUGAAUGAAUUCAUAUUAAAAACUCAAAAAGUCUUUAUAUGAAUAUAGAAGUUUACUCUUAUUUUAAGUCUUAUUUGGCAUAUUUUAUUUUUGUUGCUCUUAUUAACAUUGUUUUGAUUCCUUCAGAAACCACCUAGGCAUAGCUUUUAUUCCCUGCUUGUUUCUGUAGUUAAUGUCACAUUGUUUUCAGAGCAAGUUGUCAUGACAACUUUCAUUGUCAAGCUGGACCUUAAGCGACCAAAAAUAAAGAAUUUUCAGGAUCCUCAGA